AGACAAAUUUUUGUCUAGCUUUUUUUCAAGUAUAUUACCUUUUUUUUUUCUUUUCUCAAUUGAAAAAAAAACAUAUAUACCUAUGUUUAUCUUUCUUGAAAUUCGAGAAAUUUAACAAAAUAAUUAUUCUUGUAAACACUUGUCCAGUGUUUUUUGCUGUUAAUUUUAUUGUUUUGUUUUACAGAUGGGUAAUUGUUUAGGUUCAGCAGCUAGAGUUGAUGCCAGUCUCAGCUCUCACAAUAUUUCUGCUUCUGGAGCCUCUAGGAUUCCCAGCAGGACCAGUCAUUCUUCUGUUCUAUCAAGUCUAAGUAUUCCGUCUUAUAGUCGGAAAAGCAGUGUUGAUACCCUUUCUACUCCAAGAUCUGAAGGCGAGAUUUUGUUUUCUCCCAAUGUUAAGUCCUUCUCAUUUAAUGAAUUGAAAAGUGCAACAAGGAACUUUAGACCUGACAGUCUUCUUGGCGAAGGAGGAUUUGGUUAUGUUUUCAAAGGAUGGAUUGAUGAACAUACUCUUACUGCUGCAAAGCCUGGUUCUGGAAUGGUCAUUGCGGUCAAGAAGUUAAAGCCAGAAGGUUUUCAGGGUCACAAGGAGUGGGUGACUGAAGUUAAUUACCUUGGCCAACUUCGUCAUCCAAACCUGGUUAAACUCAUUGGGUAUUGUAUAGAGGGAGAUGACCGACUAUUGGUGUAUGAGUUCAUGCCUAAAGGAAGCUUGGAGAAUCAUUUAUUUCGAAGAGGGCCUCAACCUCUUACUUGGUUGACAAGAAUUAAGGUGGCUAUUGGUGCUGCUAGAGGCCUUGCUUUCCUACAUGAUGCUAAAGAACAAGUUAUAUAUCGGGAUUUUAAGGCUUCUAAUAUUCUCUUAGACGGGGAAUUUAAUGCAAAGUUGUCUGAUUUUGGUUUAGCCAAGGCCGGCCCAACUGGUGAUCGCACUCAUGUGUCCACUCAAGUCAUCGGUACACAGGGCUAUGCUGCUCCAGAAUAUGUUGCUACAGGUCGAUUGACAUCAAAAAGUGACGUAUACAGCUUCGGGGUUGUAUUGCUUGAACUUUUAUCAGGGCGUCGUGCUCUCGAUAAAAUGAAGGUUGGCGUAGAGCAGAAUCUUGUGGAUUGGGCAAAGCCAUAUCUAGGGGACAAGAGGAGGUUGUUCCGAAUUAUGGACACCAAACUAGAGGGACAGUAUCCUCAGAAAGGAGCAUAUACAGCUGCUAACCUUGCUUGGCAAUGUCUAAGCAACGAGCCUAAGUUAAGGCCACGGAUGUCUGAAGUUUUGGCAGCUCUUGAACAGCUUCAAGCACCAAAAGGCGUUAACAAAGUAUCUCGGAUUGAGCAUCGAGCCACUUCUAGCUCAGUUCCAGCUUCUCCAUUUAAACAUCGUUCAUCACUCAGCGUGACACCCUCUGCCUCUCCAUUACAGGCCUAUCAUAAGUCGCCACGCGGAAGGUGACUCUAAGAAAAUAAACUUAUAUUUGGUUGUCAUUGUAAAGUUAUCCUAUUUGUAAUCAAUUUUGUUGUCUAGAUUGCAUUGACAUGUAGAAUCAACAGAUUGUUUUCAUGUAAAAUGUGGGGAUCAUCACUCUGUAACCUACUGAUCGAUAGAGUUAGCUCUUCUGCUCUUUGGCUACAAUUAGUCCUGUUUUAUCACAUAAUGGGGUUUUUUUUUUCUU